AUGUAUGAAGUCCAUUCAAUAUUCUAUUACAAUUCGAAGCUAACCAUGAUUCAUUACACAAAGUCAAGUUAUUUCAUUACCAAGUUACAAGAAAGUUGCAAGAGAUACAUAAAAAAUUUUAAAGUCUUUUUUCCUAAUUUUCACAAUUUCCACCCUUUGAAACAUUUCUUUUCAUUCAAAAUCCCAUCUGCGUCAUUAUUGGAACUUAUUCAAAACAGCAUCCUGAACCUUGCUUCGAUGCUCAACAAAAUCUCAUGCUAUCAAAAUUGUUCACACAAAGGCGUUGUUUCGGCUUGCUCCAAUCCAUCCGAACACCUUGAAUCAUGCCCUGCUGCAACUUUUUCAAACCAUGUGCAGCCUUGCAUUAGUGUAGAAUUAGUUCAAGAAAUUCUAAGAAAUAAUAGUUUAAAAUCAAACUCAAACGGAAAACCAGUUUGGCAUAAAAUAGAAAACUCCAAUCUCAUUUCAAUUCUGACUAGCAACUAA